AUGGAGCUGGGGCGGAAAGGUUGGGCGCUUGCGGCCUGUCUGCUGCAGGCUUGCCUUGUAGCUGCAGCAGCAGGCAGCGCUCCGUCAACUCCAGAUUCCGAGGAGACGUGCAAGCCGUGCUAUUUCACUCAGGGUGCCGCCUCCUUUGGCGUUCUGUAUGGCGGCGAGGAGCGGCCGCUGAAGCUGCGGCCCCUAGACCUGCUGCAUGUGGAGAGCGCAACCGCGCUGCCACUGGCCAACCCGGUGCUCACAGCGCUGGAGCUCACCGAGCGGCUGACAUCGGGCGGCGGCAGCAGCGGCGGCACCAGCAUGGGCAGGGCCGCGGCUGUGGACGCCAUCUCGCACCCCACGCUGGCCACCACCCCCGACGGCCGCCUGCUCAUGUUCUUUGCGGCCCACGCGUGCGGCAGGGACCGGUGGGGCAUCGCGGCAGCUGAGUCGCCUGAUGGCAGCGGCACGACGUGGCGGGGGCUGGGCAUGGUGCUCGAGGACGAAGGAGCCGACAUGCACGCCCCCUCACUCUUCCACCACGAUGGCAGCUGGUUUUUGGUGCCAGAGGUGGCAGGGCAGCGGGAGGUGUGCGUGUUCAAGGCAACCAGCUUCCCUUUCGGCUGGGAGCCUGCGGGCGUGCUGGUGGAGCAGCCGCUGGCGGGCGUCAGCGUGGUGCAGCAUGGCGAGCUCUGGUGGCUGCUGGGCCACAAGCCAGGGGCGGGCCAAGGCGGGCAGGACCGUGUUCUGGCCGCAUUUCGAGCCCAGUCACCGCUGGGUCCCUGGACAGAACACCCCAACAGGAGCUUGGCUGCCGAGGCGUCGACUGCCGCGGGGAGCGUGUUUGCAUGGAAUGGUGCCAUCCACCGCCUGGGUCGCUCCUGCCGUGGCACCGCCUGCGGCGAGGUGCAGGCGAUGCAGGUGCUGCUGUCAGGGGACUCGAUUGAGCAGAGCCCUGUGCAGCUGGAGCUGGGGCGGUCGCUGUGGCGCCAGCGCGCGGGCUGGGACUCGGCUGGCUGGACACACCUGGCGAUUGGGCAGCGGCCGGAUGGAGCCUGGCUGGCAGUUGUGGAGGCCAGCCAGCUGCCGCCAGCGACGCCAGCCCUGUCACAGCAGCUGCAGGCAGCCAUAGGCGUGUUCAGGACGCUCGCCCUGCUCUGUAUCGCGUUGCUGGUCCUUAGCGGGGCAGCGCGCGUGCCCGCUGUGCGGUCGCUGCUGUUAAAGCAGCAGUGGGGGCAGCUGCUGCUGCGCUGGACAGCGGACCCUGGCAGCCACAAGCUUGCCAAAGCGGAGGACUCUCAGCUGCCUGCCUGGGCACCGCCGUCGGCCCGUGGCGCUCUUGAUGGCGCCAACGUCGCCAAACAGAUGCCGAGCAGUGCCAGGCAACGCGGCAGCACCGGCAACUUGCUGCGCAGCCUCAGCAGCUGCGGCGGCGGUGGCUCCAGAGGCCAGCCUUCCGCACGCAGCAGCGGCGCGCUGCGCCUGCGCCUGCCGCCCUGGCGCCUGGUGCUGGCGAUGGUGACGCUGGUGCUGGCGCUGCUGGCCGCCGGCGCCACGCGGCGGGUGCAGCAGAUCGCGCAGCCCUUUUUCGUCCAGCCACAGGCGAUAGCGGUGGAGGGCCAGUGGAGCCGCUUCACUCUCAUGGUCAUGAGCUACUCUGCCCGCCUCCACGAGCUGCAGUGGUAUGUCAGCCACUACUCGCAGUGCCCCUCUGUGGGCGAGAUCCUGGUGGUGUGGAACAAGGGCCCGCCGCCCGAGGCCGCCGCCUUCCUGUCCGAUGUGCCGGUGCGGGUGCGGCUGGAGGCCACCAAUUCCAUGAACAACCGCUUCCGCCCCGACCCCGACAUCAAGUACCGCUCUGUGCUGUCGCUGGACGACGACAUCCUCAUCCCCUGCACCACCAUCGAGUCCACCUUUGCGCGGUGGCGCACCGCCCCGCAGCAGCUGGCUGGCUACUACCCGCGCCUGCUGGUGCCGCCGGAGGGCGGCAGCGGGGCGCCGGUGUACCAGUUUGAGGAGUUUGUGUUCCAGCAGGGCGCAUACAACACCAUUCUGGCGGGGGCCGCCUUCAUGGACUCCGCCACUUUCUUCCCGCUGUACUUCUCCAGCAGCACCGCCCCGGCCCGCGCACUGGUGGACGAAGUGUUCAACUGCGAUGACCUGCUGCUCAACUUUGUGGUGGCGAAUUGGACGGCGGGGCAGGCAAAGGCGACAGGCGCAGGCCCAGCAGCAGCAGGCGGUACAGGGGAAGGCGGAGCAAGCGCCAUGAUGCCGCCGGUGCAGCUGGUCCGCCCGGAGCGGCGGAUCGACAUCAGCCGGCUGAGCGGCGUGGGCAUCAGCCACAACCCUGCGCGCUUCAAGGCGGCUGCUGACCGGUGCCUGGCCGAGUUCUCGCAACUCUUUGGCGGCUGCCCGCUGGUGUUGCGGCAGGUGGACCCACACUACGGCAGGCCGCCCAACUGCCACCUGUGGCCUCUGGACUGCGUGUACCUGCAGUGA